AUGCCUCUUACCAAGUACAAGGCUGCUUGCGUCACCUCCGAGCCAUGCUGGUUCGACCUCGAAGCCGGCAUUCAAAAGACCAUUAACUUCAUCAAUGAAGCCGGCGCAGCAGGAUGCAAGCUCAUUGCCUUCCCAGAAGUCUGGAUCCCAGGCUACCCGUACUGGAUGUGGAAGGUCAACUACCAGCAAUCGCUCCCAAUGCUGAAGUCGUACCGUGAGAACUCCUUGCCCAUGGAUUCGGAGGAGUUCCGACGUAUUCGCCGUGCAGCGAGGGACAACCAGAUCUAUGUCUCCCUAGGAUUCUCCGAGAUCGACCAUGCGACACUGUACCUCGCACAAGCUCUAAUCGAUCCUACGGGCGAAGUGAUCAACCACCGCCGCAAGAUCAAGCCCACGCACGUCGAAAAGCUCGUCUACGGAGACGGUGCAGGCGACACAUUCAAAUCCGUAACCCCCACCGAACUCGGCCGUCUCGGCCAGCUCAACUGCUGGGAGAACAUGAACCCCUUCCUCAAAGCCCUCAACGUCUCCGAAGGGGAGCAGAUCCACAUCGCCGCCUGGCCUGUGUAUCCUGGAAAAGAGACCCUGAAGUACCCUGACCCUGCAACUAAUGUCGCAGACCCUGCUUCCGACUUGGUCACGCCGGCAUAUGCCAUUGAGACCGGCACGUGGACUUUGGCUCCUUUCCAGAGACUGAGUGUGGAAGGAUUGAAGAAGACAACCCCAGAAGGUGUCGAACCUGAAACCGAUCCUUCGACGUACAACGGCCACGCGCGCAUCUAUAAGCCAGAUGGUACGCUCGUGUGCAAGCCUGACAAGGACUUUGAUGGUCUACUUUUUGUAGACAUUGAUCUCAGUGAAUGCCACUUAACCAAGGCGCUGGCCGAUUUCUCUGGUCAUUACAUGCGACCAGACCUUAUCCGACUGCUUGUCGAUACCCGUCGCAAGGAGCUCGUCACUGAGGCGGACACGAACGGCGGUAUUGCUACUUACACCACUCGUGAGCGUCUGGGCUUGAAUGUGCCGCUCGAUGCGCAGGCGCCCAAGCAGAAGGCGAGUGCUUCUGAUUUGCCAUCGAGCUCUGCCAUCUAG